UAUAUCAAAUUCGCAGUUCCAGUAAAGAAUGGUUCCUUGUGAGAAUAUUUAAAAUUGCCUGUUUUUUUUUCGUUUCCUAAUUUUCUGUUAACAGGGUUUUUGCCUGUCACAUCUUUUUCAAUGCUCUUUAUUUUCUUUUUUUAAAUUAAAAAAUUGGAUAUAAAAUAUUUUUAUAUUUUUUAAAAUAAAGCUUUAAUUAAUUAUUUUUUUGAAUAUUUAAAUGUUUAUUUUUCCUUUAUUUAUUCUCUAUUUUUAUCGAAUUAAUUUAAUUUUUUAGAUAAAUUUAAAAAUUAAAUUAAUGGAUUCUAGCAAAAAAAAGGGUAAAGGAAGACCAAAAACUUCAGAUGAUGAAUCGGAAAUUUCUUGGAGAAAUGUAAAAGAUGAAAUAAUGUCUUUGGAAGAGGAGGAAGUUGUUAAUACUUUCGAUCCUUUACCUUUUGCUGACGGACAAUGGAAUGUUCACGAAUACUGUCGCCAAAUUAAUUUGACUGUUGUAUCUCAAAGCGUGGACAGAUUGGAUUUAAGUUUUGAUUUAAUUAAAGUUGAGGCCCCUAUUGCAAAUGCUUUAAGGAGAGUUUUAAUUGCUGAGGUCCCAACUAUGGCCAUCGAAAAAGUUUUUCUUUACCAAAAUACUUCUUGUAUACAGGAUGAAGUUCUUUGUCAUCGACUUGGAUUAAUUCCUAUUUAUGCUGACCCAACAAAAUUUGCUUUUCCUCCUGCCACAGAUCCAUCCAAACAACAAAUAAAUACUGAUAUUUUGGAUGAAGAGCCUGCUGGAGAUGCAAAAAGAAAUUUAAUAUUUAAUUUACAUGCUGUCUGCCCAAGCUCAAAAGAUGAAAAAGUCAAAAAGAAGCGAUCUGUUGCAAAAAGCUCCGAUGGUAGUGAUUUGGGAGAUGGGUGUGUUCGUGAACCUGGAGACAGUGGGAAUUGGGUGCUUUACACAAGUGCUUUUAAAUGGGUUCCAAUAUCUUCUCAACGAACUCAAUUCAGCACAGAUCCACCUAGAAUGGUACAUAAAGACAUUAUUUUGGCAAAAUUAAGGCCUGGACAGGAAAUUGAAGCGAGAUGUCAUUGUGUCAAAGGCAUUGGCCGUGACCACGCAAAAUUCUCGCCAGUUGCUACUGCCACGUAUAGGAUGCUUCCUCAAAUAAAAUUGAAAAGAAAAAAUUUUACUGAUGACCAGGCAAAAAGGUUACAAUCUAGCUUCUCUAGUGGAGUUAUUGGAAAGGAUGAAAAAGGAAGAGUUUAUGUAAGGGAUGCACGUUCUGAUACUUCAAGCAGAAAUAUUUUUAUGCAUGAUGAUUUGAAGGAUGCGGUUGAAAUGACAAAGGACAAAACACAUUUUAUUUGUUGGUUUUUUUAUUUUUUUAAUUUUGGGUAA